GAAAUUAAGGCAAUACAUAUAUGCCAGUCUCAAGAUGUGUAGUUUUGGACAACUUUUUUCGUCGUUGAAUAUUAUUUUAAUCACUUUGGAACUGAAAAUAAUCGGAGUUUCGAGCAAAUUAUCGGCAGCAGAAGUUGAACAACAUUUAGAACAAGGCAAGAGAUUGCUUGCCAGUGGACAACUAAGUGAUGCUCUCUCACACUAUCAUGCAGCAGUUGAGGGUGAUCCUGACAAUUUUUUGACAUAUUUUAAAAGAGCAACAGUAUUUCUAGCAAUGGGUCGUUCAAAAGCUGCCUUACCUGAUCUGGACAGAGUACUUGAACUAAGACCUGACUUUUUUCAGGCACGGUUACAAAGAGGGAAUGUCUUACUCAAACAAGGAAGAUUAGAUGAAGCACACAUUGAUUAUGAGGCAGUGUUACAUAAAAACCCUGAUAAUGCUGAAGCACUGCAACAGUUAAAUGUUAUAGAACCCAUUAGGAAGGAUGUCUCAGAAGCAAGAAAUGCAAUAAAUAUGGGAGACUAUUCACUUGCUAUAGAGUUCUUAGGAAGAGCAAUAGAGGUUGCCCCUUGGGAUACUGAACUAAGAAUAAUGAGGGCUGACUGUCAUGAAAACAUGGGAGACUACAUCAAUGCAAUUUCAGACAUCAAGCCAACCACUAAACUGAUCCCUGACAACACAGCAGCAUAUCUUAGACUCAGUGAGUUACAUUAUGGAAUGGGAGAGUUGGAGGAUGCGUUAAGGGAGGUUCGCGAGUGCCUCAAGCUUGAUCAAGAUCACAAAGAUUGUUUUCCUUUUUACAAGAAAUUAAAAAAAUUGAAUAAGCAGAUGCAAGCCGCUCAAGAUUUGAUCAACAAAGGAGAAUAUGAAGAAGCUAUAUCCAAACUCAAACAGGCUCUCAAAACAGAGUCUAAAAUCCCUUCACUAGCAGCCAAGGCAAGACGCCAGCUAUGCCACUGUCACCUCAAGCUUCAUAAUCCCACCGAUGCCAUCACAGAAUGCAACGAGGCGUUGAAGAUCGAUGAAAAUGACGUUGAUGCGUUGUGUGACAGGGCAGAAGCACAUAUACUAAAUGAAAUGUAUGAUGACGCUGUAAAUGAUUAUCAGAAGGCAAAGAGUAUCAACGAACACUUACACAAGGUUCAAGAGGGACUGGACAGAGCACAGAAAUUACUUAAACAAUCCAAGAAACGGGACUAUUACAAGAUCCUAGGAUUGAAAAGAACGGCAUCGAAGAAAGAAAUCUUAAAAUCAUAUCGUAAACUGGCCGUCAAGUGGCAUCCUGAUCAAUACAAAGGAGACGACAAGAAAAAAGCUGAGAAAAUGUUCAUCGAUGUCGCUGCAGCGAAAGAAGUCCUCACAGAUCCUGAAAAACGCGCAAAAUACGACAAUGGUGAAGACCCGUUAGACCCAGAGCAGCAAGGUGGCGGUCAUCAUCAUUGGCAACAGGGCGGAUUUCCUUUCGGUGGGGGCUUUGGAGAAGGUUUUCAGUUCAAAUUUCAUUUCAACUAGAACAACAUCCUGGCGUUUCGUGGGUUCAAUUACUAGUUCUAUCUUUAUGGCGACUGUGGAAUCCAUGUUGAACUGGAAACCGAAGGAAAAAGUUUCAAAGCGGAAGAUUUACUAUUUAUGGCAAUUAUAAUUAUUAUAACUGUACACAAUUGUAAUAAUUAUAACACUCUUAGGAUAUAUUCAACUCGCUCCGAUGUGAAUGGUGACUAAGAAAUUACUGAAUGGAACAGCUACUUUGGUGUGAUCUGCCAAAGUUGAGGUUGCGCAGAUGAAAUGUCAUUUUCUUUGCAGUCCUUCUAAGAUGAUAUUGAACUGACUUUAGCGCAACUUUUCGCAUUUAAGGUUCAUAUCCAAUUUGUAUAGAAAGGUUUUGAAAUUCUCUACAGAAAUAGUUGUAUUCGUUUUAUGAUUAAAUUUAACAUGUGGAUAUUCCUACGAUUUUCACAUUGAAGGAGAAGUGUUAUUACCUUUGUGUGGC